AGAUACAAAAUCAUCAGGAUUCAGAAACAGAAGACUGACAUGAUAGAGUUGAAAACUGAAUUCAGCUUCUGCUUGUCAAUGAUAAACAAUGAAUUAUGAACGAAUCAAACCAAAAAAACCUUGAGUAUCCCUUACGCUCUCAAACCUAUUUUCAACUCAAUUCCCCAAUAAUCCACCAUGUUUGUUCAGAAUCCAAAACUAAUUAACAUGACCUUAUGCAUUAGCUUGAACCUCAAGGUACAAUAAAAAUUAAGUUUUAGGGUUCAGAUUCAAUUUUUGUAUAUUAUUUUAAAAUAAGUCCUUUAUUUCAGUUUUUUUAUAAGACAGCACACUUUAUUUCAGAGAAAUUUAAUGGGCCGAAGAAAAGCCCAUUAAAAGUCUCAACUGUAUCUGCUUCUUCUCUCUGUUCUCUUCCUGCUCUUCUACAUCUACGCCCUGGCCGACGAACACAUAUACAGUGAGUGAGAGAGAGAGAGAGAGUAUGAAAUUUAACUUCUAGGAGCCAGAGGAUACGCCAGAUUCACGGCGAUAUCCGAUGCCUAAAGAGCCGGUUCGGUGGGUUCCUCUCCAGAGCCACCCGGUUUUCGCUUCUCUUCCAUCCUCCCAGGAUGAACUCGCCGCGUCGCAGCGUUUUCCGAGAAAUUUGAUGGCUUGGGACGGAGACUGGCGCCUAUACUACUGGGAUUCUAAACGAUAUCUCCUUCACCGAUUAUCUCUGCGCUUGGGUGAGCCUGAACCAUCAUCCGUCCUCGCCGCAGUCCCGUCCAAGGUGAUGCAACCAGACCUUCAACUGACAUUUUCUGUUAGCAAAAUCUCCAUUAAUAAGUCUGGAUCAGCUGUACUUCUUGCCGGCUCAGAUGGAAUAUGUGUGAUGUACCUAUUUGGACGUGCUUCUGUGGUAGAAUACAAUAUCAUUUGCAGGGUAGUUUCUAUUGGUUCAGAAAUCUAUACUAGUGGUGACAAUGCCAUAAACUUGCUACAAGCAUUGUGGCACCCUGAUAGUGACACCCAUUUGGAAAUUCUAUCCUCGGAUGCAGUUUUCAGGCUAUUCGAUUUGUCUUCAGAUGCUGAUUAUAAGGAGAUCUGGUGAGCCAGGAAGAUCUGGAACAGCUUCAUCAAUUUAUCCUGCUGAUUUCAGUUUCUGAGGAGAUCAUCUGUGGGAUAGAUUCACUUUCUUUAUAUUAUUCACUGAUGGUUCAAUUUAUAUCCUGUGCCCAGUUGUGCCAUUUGGAAGUGUUUACAAAUGGGAAUCGGUAAUGGAGAUUUACAACGAUGCAAGGAACUAGAGGUGAAAAUAUAUUGGUGGUGAAAGCUCAUCCUUAUGCUUUGCUUGACGCAUCAUUGGCUUUACAGGGCCCUUUAUAUAAAGCAUCUAGUGGCGACGGAGAUGAAGAUUUCGCUGUUCGGGAGGCAGAAUGUAAAGGCCGGGCAGUGAGUCUAUCAUAUAAUCUUGUCAGCAAAGAUUCGAUUCUGGUAACUGCCUGGAGUGCAGGAUCUUACG